AUGUCCAGUCAACACGACCCUAGCCGACCUGGUGAGGAUAGGCAGGAAGGUUUCAGCAAGUAUUUGAAGCGCAUGAAAACGAUCUUGAAAAGGAGCCCAACUGCAAGGAGUUCGAUAUCAAGUAUGCAGGAGAUUACUGAACGACCAGAACCGAGCCAAGUUGUCUCUCCCAGGCCUACCCCCGCCCCAGCUCAAAAGCCCGCCGCCAAACCAACUACUCAGCCGACCGUGGUAACGCACUGGAGCGCCAUCCAAGAAGAGAAGGCUCGCGCCCUUUUCGCCAAGUAUGGACUGACGCUUGAGUCUGGAGAGUGGAAAACGCCGAGCGACAUGACUGUCCAGCGCGUUGCCAAGCCGAUCCGUAUGAGAGUUCGCCGCACUUGUCAUCGAUGCGAAACUACCUUUGGGCCCGACAAGGUGUGUGUCAAUUGCCAGCAUAUUCGGUGCACCAAGUGUCCGCGCCACACCUCCACCAAACCCAAGGAUCAGGCGCAAAAUGCUCUCGAGGCUAUCCGCGCAGCGCAAGGACAUGGGCCACCUCGACACAUGAGCAAGGAAUUACAACUCGCCAUUCCUUCUCGCACUGGUGGCCAAGACCUCGUCCUCAAGCCGAUUCGGCAGAGAGUCCGGCGCACUUGUCAUCGGUGUAAUACUAUGUUUCCUAACAAUGACGUGACGGAAUGCCCUACUUGUAGACACAUACGAUGCAAGAAAUGUCCUCGAGAACCGUCCAAACCGCAUAAAUAUCCGGAUGGCUAUCCUGGAGACGCAGAACCUCCGUCAGAACCACCGGCACGAACCUGGAAGAAACCACGACAGAGGGUGCGCUACACUUGUCACAAAUGUUCUACGCCGUAUCGAUCUCGGGAGACGACCUGCUCGAAUUGCGGUCAGGAGAAGGGACCGGAGACUAUACGAGACCCGCCGAAAAAGAAUAAACCGGAACCAGACCCGGAGAUCUCAAGGCGGGUGGAGGAACGACUAGCAAACAUGAGCGCUACCAAGUAA